GAAAAACGCCCAGAGACAUUUCAUUUGUGGCCAGUCGACUCACAGCGAGCACCUCCAGUUAGCCCCGAGGUUUUUAUCUGAAACCACCGACCUGAGCUUUAAAAGAAACUGGCACCAUGGAAGAAUCCUCCAAUCCUCCGGCUAGGCGGCCCGCGUCCAUGGCCGCUGCUAAGCCUGCGCGCGCGCGUGCACCUAGUGAGCCCAUACUGCGAAGGUAGCUGGAGUCAUCCUCCUGGAGGAAAACGCACACAUUCAUUGUGAGGAGGCGUUGGCUUUGUUCCACAACCCCCCUCCCCUUCAUCCUCCUCUUCCCUCUGACUGGCACAGAGAGGAGAUUGAGACCGAGCGAGGGAACGUGGGAAAGAGGAAGACAAUGUACCAAAUUCUGCUUCUUUUCUCAUCCCUUUUCUUCCUUCAUGUGAUGGGCACUCCCCAGCUCUUCGCUCACCACGGGAGGAGGGUGUGUGGCAGAGAUGUCCGUCACAGCGUUGUUAUGGCAACAGAGUCCUACGUCCAGCCGGUGCACAAGCCCUACAUCACUGUGUGUCAGGGGCAUCGCCUCUGCAGCACAUACAAGACUGUGUACUCAGUGGUGUACCGGCAGGUGAGCAAAGUGGUGCCUCUUAUGCAUUUCUACCCAGAGUGCUGCCCAGGCUGGCGGAGAUUUCACUCUCACAACUGCAAUCAAGCUGUGUGUGGACAAGCCUGUGUGAACGGAGGUACCUGCUUAAGACCCAACCAGUGUGCAUGUCCACUAGGUUGGACGGGGCACCAGUGCCAAACAGACGUGGAUGAGUGCAGCCAACAGCGGCCGUGUGCUCAGGAGUGCGUGAACACAGCUGGCAGCUAUCGAUGUGUGUGCAGAGAGGGCUUCAGGAUCACUGGAGAUGGCCAUUCUUGUCAAAACCUUCCUCUUCCUCCUCCUGCCACCCCUCCCUCUCCCACCCAGACCAGCCAGGCAACAGUGGAUGGUCACACUGAUAAAGGUGAAAGGUUCAGCCUGGUGGAGAAUGUGACAGAGGAGGUACAGAGCCUGAGGAACAGAGUAGAACUCCUGGAAAAGAAGUUGCAGCUGGUGCUAACCCCCUUCAGCAGCUUCUUCCCGCUGUCGUUGGACGAGGGCGUGUCAGAGAAAACCACCUUAUUGUCCCACUCCUUCCAGCAACUAGACCGCAUCGACUCCCUUAGCGAGCAGAUUGGCUUUCUGGAGGAACGCCUCGGCACAUGUUCUUGCCAGGAGAAUUAACCACAGACCAUGACCAUAAUUAUUUCAAGAUACCUCCCAUGAAGUUAGCAGUGACACAGACCUGCCAGAGAUCGUACCCACCGAGAUGGCAGAAGCAGCCUCUGUCGUCGUUGUUAUGCUGUGACAUGAUCAUGGUACAAAACAUCUGUGAUCUUCACUAACAGGUUCAUGUACUUUUCUUGCUGUUCAUUGUCAAAUUCUUGAUUUCAUGGCAGAGUAAGUCUCCCUAUAACAUCAUCAAAAUCAAACCCCCUGAGGGUCAAAGGUCAGACUAGCCACUCUGUUUCUGUUUGUUUGGCAUCAGGGUAACAGCGUUCUGUCUGAGCCCUAAACUGUCCGGGGGCAGAUGCAGACAACUGUAUUUAUCUAUUUAAAUUAUGAUUACUUUUAGUUAUUUCUCAGUGCUACAAUAGACAUUUUUAUAUAGUUUUGUAACAUUUUGUAAUAAAAAGUCUUAAUCAAAUGAUGUGUGUUCAGUAAUAUGAAAGGAUUACAAGUAAUGUUUGCAAACAUGAUCUUGUCCACGCUGCUGAUAGAAGAUUGAACAAACACUCCAUUACACUCACACAACAUAAAACACCUCCCGUUGACCUGUCCCUGAUUUGUAGUGGAAGCAGUUGUGGAUUAGGUGUUCGCCAAACCUGGAGUGAAGCUACUCGUAUUACACGCCCUGCCCUCCAAGUACACACACGUUAUCCGCUAUUCAAAGUACAAGUACUCAUUAUGCAGAACAGCCUUUUAACAACAUUUUAAUAUAUAACAUUCAUUUUGAUCAUGCGUUAACAUGUAAACAACACUCAGAAUCCAAUCGAGGUGGAGCUUUACAAAAAAAAAAAAAAAUUGGCAUUCAUAUUGUUUCUUUAUCAAGAUGUAAAAAAAAAAAAAGAAAAGAAAAAAACUAGCCAGUAGUUAAUUAUUACCUCCUGUUUUAUCUGAAAAACUACUUGUUUCAAGAGCGGGGAGUUUCACAGUCUUAAGCCAAGGAAAAAUAAGGGUUGCUUCAAGAAAAAUGUCUGAGACUAGUAGGCCUCAGUAACAGAUACAAAUGACUUGGUAAGACUUUUGUUUCAUCUGCACUAUGUAAAAUGGCCUACAAAUGAGCAGAUGCAUAAAUGUAGUGGAGUAUAAAGCACUGACUUCUCUCUAAAAUAUUAUGGAGUACAAGUAUCAAGUAGAAGAAAUGGAAACGCUCACGUAUACAUGUAAAGCGUACAGUGCAGUUUGUUACUUUCCAUCACUGCUUCUAAUGUAAAAUCGCAGCAGAGGGCAAAGCAGGCAUUUCAGUGCACAAAAACAUUUGGGUGAAAAAAGAAAGAAUUAAUGAAUUUGCAUUUAUUCUUCUGCAAGGCAUUCACAUUUACCCAAAAGAAGGGUAAACAAGAACAAGAACACUACAGCAUCGAUAUUAAACAGAUACUAUAAUGAGCUUCUAUGCCACGUGUGCACAUGUACUCACACAUACGAGGCUCUGCAAGAUGUCAGCUCUGUUUCUCAUAUCCAUCUAAAACUUCCACCAGUUACACUUUAAUAGCUUUGAUGAAAACCAGAGAAAAGCAGUUUUACUUUUCCACUCACUCAGCACGAAAAGUGCUUUAUUACGGUUCAGAAUACUUUGAGUCUUUCCCAAUAUUUUAAAUAUUGGUUCAUAAACAACUAGUGAAGCAGGGCUGUUGCAGAGACCCUUAGCAACUGGUUCGAGCUCAUGACACAAAGUUUACAAAUCACACAUCUGUGCUGCUAAAUAACCAAGAAAUGAACAGGAAAUCAUUCGAUAAAACACUCCAUUAGCAACAUUUAUAUGGUACAUUAUAGUUUGUAUUUUGGAAGAAACCAAUUUGGUAAACCUUUUAACAUUCAAAACACUGGCUGCAAAGAUAAAAUAAGCUCUUACAGAUAAGAAAAAGAGUCAAUAAAUAUAUUCAAACUAAGGAAAAAACAAAACAAAACAGAAUUUAAUCAGUUGUCACGAGUAGGGGCGUGUAUUCCACACCCUCAGCCUACGAAACCCUGACUGUCAUAUGUACUUAAAGCAAAAAGCCCAGCAAGUUAUCACUAAAUCUACUGUUGCACUCAGCUAUGAACAGCAGUGUACAGGCUUAGUACCAAAACUAUUGAUCAGUCCAUUCAGAAGAUGUGUGUGUACAAGUCAGUCUAAACUUAAUGUUUAAUGCUCAAAUAAAUACAUGUUCUGGAUCUGAUGCCAGAUGUAUGCAAGAUCCAACUAACAUAAUAGGAAAAAACCAAAAA